AUGAUCCCGAAAACCGAAUGUGAAAUUGUUCUUGUGGCUAAGAUUAUGAGAAUUGUGGUUGAGAUUGCCGCAUACCGACAGUUCAAUCCAGGAAAUGCGAUGUGUGUCACCAUGGUCUUUAGAUCUGACAAGUUUCCAAUUCAUCCUUAUACAUUACGCUGGACCAGCGGGGAAUUCGCAUUUGAUUUGGAUCGUAAUUCGUGA